CAACCAAGGAAGUCAUUGAUGGCGCGACACUACUAGACAAAUUAGAGGUAUUUUUACUGGAAGGAGACAGGGAAGGGGCAUGCCAAUUCGCUAUGGAGAACGAUAUGUGGGCACAUGCCUUGAUGAUCAGUCAAAGUGUAAACGCAGGAGACCUUUACAAACGUACAGCCUCUCAAUUUAUCAACCGAACACUGUUCUCUUCAUCCGUUCAACUGACCUCUCAGGUUACAGACGACAAAAAAUCGUUACGUAUACUUUAUUCUUUAUUUGGCGGUGCUGGUGCAGAUACGGGUAAGACAAGUCUUAUGAUUUUUAUUUCAUUAACCAUUGCUUUAUAGUGAAUGAAUUGGUGAGAAAUAAUGUAGAUGAGCAGCCUCACUUCUCAAAGGAAUCCUUGAAUGACUGGAAAUUCGCAUUAC